AUGGCUGGGUAUUUUAUUCGAAACACUCGGGUAAGCGAUUUGGAAUUCAUCAAUACAUUAGACAACGAGCACGAUGAGCGGAAGCUCUGUCACGCGAGUGUGAUAUUGCUCCAAAAUCUUCAAGGAAGCCUCCAUGCAUUUCCACCAAAGGAUACCACAGACCUUUCUUGUGAUACGUGGCUUGCGACUCCAGUAUUUGAAACAAUGAUAUCAAAGAAAGACACCCGGCGGGGAACAAGCGACUUGAAGCUAGACAUCGGAAUCAACGCCGCUAACAUGCAUGCCAGUGAGCUAUGGGCUUUGGCUUGCAAGUACGCGAUGGAUUAUCGCAUUGAUGCAAAUCCUCCAUGGCAUCCGCAAUCUCAUUAUGGAAUGAUCACAUACUGGCACACUGAGCAUGAAAGCUGCAUGCCACUGAGAUUUCGGCUGCACGCAAGCCGGUUCCAAGACUAUUCCUCAUCAGAUCUACAGAAGUAUCGGAACUACUGGGGCCCAUGGCUAUUCUUCCAGAUAGUAUGGCAUGCAGUCCCGUGUCUUUUGAACCAUCCCUUUCUUCUUUCCAUGCGUCUGAGAAACUUUAGGAGAACCAUGCCUCAAACAUUCCUUCGCAAUUCCUUCGAACAACUCACUCUACACUCCGGCUGGAUAGUGCAUUUCCUUGACCUUGUGGAACAUAAGCGAUUCGAAAUAUCCGACCCCACUCUAGGCCAUUGUGUUGCGAUAGUUGCAACGAUCUACCUUCAACACAGUUUCACGGAAGAUGAGGCAUUCAGCAAAAAAGCCCAAAUGGGGCUUGAGAAAUGUAUCCGUUUCCUACAAAAGAUGGCCCAUCGAUGGCCACACAUCGGUCGACAAGUGAGUUACAAGUCCAGAGAUUGA